UGAUUUUCUGUUCGCCUCUAUUUCGAGAGCUGUGAAUCACGGCGUUCGCGAUCGCGUAUUGCAUCAACGUCGCAUUGUAAAAGUUGUGUUGACUGUCGUGACAGAUCACGUUUCCAUGGAGUUAAUUGUGCACCUUUUUAAACAUAAAAUGUCUUGGUUUUUUGGAAAAAAGGAAUACCAAAAAGAACCGCAGCCUGAAUUUAUAGAAGAAGAACAAACUUCGGAUUCAACGACAGAGGGGUUUGUACACAUUAAAAAAUAUCCUGCACCACCACCGCCGCUGCCGUUAGACCUGGCUCAAGAUGCGACGGAAUAUCAUGGCAAUAAUCUCUAUCCGUACAUCCCACCCGGCCCUGUACAUUCGACGACCCUACCAACGGACUCUACAAAAGACCAUGUUCACGGAGAUGGCAUGCAUUACUUGAAUGACGUGCCAUUUAAAUUGUGUAAACAGAUAGAAGUAAUGAAUGACAUAGAGAUAGAUAAACUCAGAAUUAGCGAAGUCUUGUGGUACAUAGAAAAUAUAGAGUUGCAAAAUUACAACUACAACUUCUCCGUUGAGGAAGGUGUGGUAAGCGAGAUGAAUAGUACAAAUGCCGAGUGA